GUGACCUUGAGCGUCUUCCCGGCUGCACCCAAUUCCCCGCCUUCUCCAUCCGGGUGUCGCGGCGCCCAUAAGAGCCUCACUGCGCCUGCGCGCCCAGCUCCACUCUUUCGACCUCUGCCGCCGCUGCCGCCACCUCCGGGCAAGAGAGGAAGCGGGAGAGGAUCCCACGUCGCCUGCCACCCACGACCUCCAGCCCGAAGACUAAGAUGUUCGCGUGCGCCAAGCUCGCCUGCACCCCGGCGGCUCUGAUCCGGGCUGGAUCCAGAGUUGCCUACAGACCACUUUCUGCAUCAGCGUUAUACCGACCAGAGACUAGGACUGGAGAGGGUUCUUCAGUAUUUAAUGGGGCCCAGAAUGGUGUGUCUCAGCUAAUCCGAAGGGAGUUUCAGACCAGUGCAAUCAGCAGAGACAUUGAUACUGCUGCCAAAUUUAUUGGUGCAGGUGCUGCGACAGUAGGAGUGGCUGGUUCUGGUGCUGGUAUUGGAACAGUCUUUGGCAGCCUUAUCAUUGGCUAUGCCAGAAACCCAUCGCUGAAGCAGCAACUGUUCUCAUACGCUAUCCUGGGAUUUGCCUUGUCUGAAGCUAUGGGUCUUUUUUGUUUGAUGGUUGCUUUCUUGAUUUUGUUUGCCAUGUAACAAAUUACUGCUUGAUCUGUUGGCAUUCAUAUUAAUUACGGAUAUAAUUCUGUGUAUCUUAACUGUGACUACGAAAAGCGUAGUAUGGGUGUCAUGGAAAUGUAUGUUAUUUCCAAAGUCAUUUCAUUAAAGACAAAAACUUUAA